CGCGCGGUGUUGAAUGGGAAAGGAGUGCUUUUGGGAUUGAUUUGUGCGGGAAGAUGAAUUUCUGGGGCGGCUGUGGCGUGCUUGCAAAGACUGUUUGCAAUUUGCUGAUAGCUCCGAAGGAUGGAUUUCACUGUCCUGAACUUGAGGAGUAUUUGUUUAGGAAUGAUAAAAGGUGGGUUAUGGGGAGAGAGAUAGAAAUAGAAUUAAAGACCCUCUUGGAUCUUAAUGAGGUCGGACCGAUGCAAAGCCGAGUUCUCCUUCGUUGUUGAAGUGGGUAGUUGUGGGGAUGUGCUGUUUAAUAUAUAUGGAGUGCGGCGAAUUCUAAUAGUGGAAUGUACUAAAGGGCGAUGGAGAAUUUUCUGGUUCUUGCCAGUCAAUUUUCGGGCAAAAUGUUCUGUUGGACAGUCCAGCGCCUUGUGCCGGCACAAGUAGAGGAGUUCAAAGUCGAAUGAUUGCUGGUUUUUUCUGACUUGUGUUGGAAUAAUUGCCCGAUAUUGAGGCUUGAGCUUGGGCAAUCUGAGAUAUUCGGAGCUUAGACUGUUAAGAGAGCUUAUAUUCAAGGCCUGGUUUCUUGUCAACUCAUGGGUUUAAGUCUUCUUGAGACCUUAUUUGAUGAAUGCUGGGGUUAUCAGAACAGAUAUUGUCAAGAAAGGCUCCUCCAUUCUAUCAGUUUUGUAACUAUUUUUCUUCCUCUCUUUGGAGGGCUGAAAAUGAAUUAUACUAGAUUCUUGAGGGAAACCUAGGUUGGUAAACUUGGAGUGAGGUGAUGAACACAUUGAAACUGGGAAAUUCCUUUCUUAGAUAAUUUUUGGGUCCAAUGCUGAUUCUUUGGGGAUAAAAUACAUCUGGUACUUGCACCAAUCCGCUUAAAUUAUUCUUUACUUUCUGGGAGCAUAUUGUGCAAAAUCUAGCGAUGGAGUUUGGGAGGGUUUAAUUGUAAACUGCUCUACUUUCUGUUUUGCGCUGGCUGUGUAUUGUCUCCCCAUGACUUCAAUCAACAUUCCCUGAAUAGUUAGUUCUAGUGAUCCUAUUUUCAAAUUCUGACAGGUGGAAACUGUUCUAAUUUUCCCUUCUAUGCUUUCCACUUGGGCAGUUGUGCCUUUUUUCCCCUUAAUUUGUUGAACUACAAUAAUAAUAUUUUUUGCUGCGUGCAACUCUGCUCCACUUGGAGUUUGGCACAGGAUUGGCAUGUGAAGGAUGUUGGAUUAAUUAAACUCUAGCCCAAGUCAAGGACUUGAACAAUCUGCUUUAUUUUCUCGCUUGCAAUUAAUAGUAUAUUCAAGCUCUUACUCCCUGAUCAUCGAUUAUUUUCAUUAUAUUCAAUAUCAGACAAGCCUAUAGUAUUUCCCCUGUGGUAUGCUUGGUGAGCGCAAGUUUCCAUGCUUGAAAAUGAAGGAGGAUACAAAGCAUAUAUAGCAUGUAUAUUUGUGACAUGGCUAACUGCUUUUCCCCUCAUCUCUCUUCGACCACCCAUCACUGUCGUCAGCCCCUCCCCCACUGCUCAUGCUUGGGUCUUCCUCUCUCUCAGUUCAUUAUGUCUCUUUCCCUCUUUCCUCUGUGAAUCUGCAUUCUCUUGGCGGCUGGCAACGACCUUUGACUUGGGGCUGUGCGCUGCCAUGGACGGUCAUGGUCUGAAGUCAGGGAUUGGACAGGAGGACGGUGUUUAAGCCCAUUUGAAUUAAGAACUGGUUCUCAUGGCCAUUACAAGUCCUUAAACAUUCUUUCCUUGUCACCAGCUGCGGUUUUAUCUGUAGCAUAAAUUCGCACCUUGAUGAAUCUCUGUUGCUAGACUCGUGUCAUUCCCAAGAUGAGUAAUCAAUGUCCUGAGGAUCCCGAAGAGCAAACCGUGGUGGGUUUUGAGCUUCCAAGAUCCCCCGAUUCAAGUUACAACUGCACGUAUGCCAGCGAAGACGAGGCACGAGACCCGCCUCUCGUCCCGCAGCAACUUCUGAACCCUUUGCUUGGCUGCCCCCCGACCAGAGAUGGCCCUGAAAGCCUUCCACCUCCCAUGAGCGUGCUUCUAAACCACCUUUACAUCGAGAACCGGGAGGCUCCGCGCUCUGUCGUGGCUCUCGGGUUCACCCACCGCUUCCAUUCCAAGUACGUCAGCGUCGUGUUGUACAAAGCAGUUCAGAGAAGAGGGGGGACCAGCUCUUGAUGGGAUUUAUUUUCGCAUUUCAUCGAGUUACGAUUCGACCGUCCUUAAUGUGACGGUAGCAGUACCUUGAAAAGAAAAUGACUUGAAGUAGCUAAGCCGAAUGCUUAUUGUUUCUCAGAGGUUCUUCCUGUGCUUGGUUGAUGCUCCAUGUCAUUCGACAUCAUUUGUUUUACAAUACAACUUAGUCUAGUGCUUGGAUUGAGCAUUGGGAGGGAUGCUUUCUUUUGCCUUGCUUUGAUUGCGCUUAUAAAAGCUUUACAAAGCAA